CCCGGCCCCUCUCACGGCACCGGGCCCGAGCGCGUUCUCCCUAAAGGCUUUCCCAGCCCUGGUGCCUUUCCCAAUCCCUGCUCGUCUCCUUAUCCUGAGCAUUCUUUUCGUUCCCCGUGUUUUAGUGUGCUUUGUCCCCAGGCGGGCUGCAAACCUUAACUUCCACCUGCUUUUCAAGAGGCAGCCAGUGUAGAAGGAUAGCACAUGGGGCCUCAAGGGCUCGUGUUUAGGCUAAAGACAAAUUCUGUGUGUUACCAGAGCUGUGCUAAAGGGAAAUUCCUGCUGUGGAGAUAUUAUGCCAUUGCCUGAGCUUUAGGAAAAAAUGAGAAAUCUUCCAUUUGGGACUUUUUAAAAGGGAUAGGUGGAGAAAAAGAUGAAAAAGAAAUCUGUGGGAAGUCCUGGCUUGCCGGGAGUAGUAGGGUUUCCUGCUAGUGAGAGCUGUGAUUUUUGUAAUGCAGAGGGCUCAUUUGGUGCUCUCCACACAGGACAUGUGUCCCUGUGCUGUGUUGAUUUAUGGUACAAUGAACUGUUACACAGCACACUUCCAAUGUAAAGCCAGGUCUGACCUCCUGUGAGAAGGGAGGCCUCAGAAAACUCAGUUUUUGAGGUGAGAGAUUUGUGCUUCUAAUCAUUCUGCCUUCCCCACACGAUGUCCAAGGCUCCCCCAGGUGUGUUUCAGGAGGAGCUGGAGUGGUGCAUUUCACAACUGGAGGCAGAUCUGCAUCUCCCUCUGCACUCCAAACUAGCAGAGGAGACCCAACACAUUUUCAAGGUCCUGCACUCCCCUGCAGCUCCUCUCACAGAGAACCAACAAGUGAUGAGCAAUGAGUUUGGGGAUUGUCGUCUCAAGAUGGAUGAGGGUCAGAAGAGCAUUGAGAAAGGCAUGACCCCUGAUGAUGUGGAAGUACAGCCAGGCAAGGGACAGACUGCAGAUGGUGUGAAACAGCCUGAGCCAACCCCUGAGGCAAAGCUUGAGUUGUUCACAUCAUCUGGCAGCAGCUUCCGAUUUGAUUUUCCACUUUCCAGGACUGACCCAGAAGCUGACCUUGGUGACAGUGGUGCUGAGCAGGUACAAAACAAUGUCAGAGCCACCAAGCAGGAGAACUGGAAUGGCCCCUUGAGGUUUGCUGCCUCUGGACAAGAACCCAGGUUUGCUUUCAACUUUGCCAUCCCAGAUGAAGACUGUCCUCAUCUUCAGUUACUUCCAGGAAGCCAACAUACAGAGGAUACAGCAGAUUCUUCACUGCCUGCUGAAUCAGCAGCUCUGCCACAGGCUGCAGCCUUGCAGGAGCCUGAGGUGACUCAAGUGACAGGGAAUGCACCCAAAGAGGAUAGAAGCCAUGUCACAUCAAAGAUCCCCCAAACAGAGACAGCCUCUGCAGAUGAGGCAAUGACAGAGAAAUCAACAGGAGGUGGAGCUGCCAAGAAGAAAAAAAAGAAGAAACAAAAAGCACCUGUCAGUAAAAACAAAACAGAAGAAACUGAGACCAGCAGGAAGGCAAAGGCAGAAGCUAACAGCUGUAAAAUUACAGAUACUUCCCAUCAGGAUGAGAAGACCUCUCAGCAGUCAGAUGAGCAGCUGUGGAAAGAGGUGGACUGGUGUGUGAACCAGCUGGAACUCGGCUUGAAGACACAGAAACCCACUCCAAAGCAGGCUGAGGAGGCUCUCAGGGCCAUCAGGACCCUGCGCAGUGACAAGGCUCCCCUGGUGAAGAAGCGUCAGCUCAUGAGAGCCAUGUUUGGAGACUACAGGAAGAAGAUGCAGGAGGAGCUGUGCAGAGAGCUGAAGCUUAUGGAAACAGCUGCAAAAUCUGCCAGGAUCAUGGACUUGAGGGGAAGCAGCCACAAGAACGGCCAGUUCAUCCGGAAGUGCUUGGGAGUUUGCAGGAAGAGCCAAGGUUCAGCAGAAUCCUCUUCAGAGUCACACAGGACACUUAACACAGGCUUAUUCAAUUUCACAGCUCCCCAAGAAUUUCACUUUAAUUUCUUCUAGAAAAGUCACUUUGACUAAAACUGUGCCAGAUCUCCUGUAAACUGAAGAAUGGUGGAAAGGUGUUGUGCAGUAGGAAAUGUCAUGUGUCAAUCUCUGAAUCUUCUUCCAGGGUGCCUUAUCUAGAAGUUUAAAUCAGAUCUGCCUACUAUGCAUACUCAGCCUACAUAAGUGCUCCUCUGUGCUCACACUGGAGAAAGGCACCUUUGAAGGGCUCAGCAGUGUGGAAGGAUCUGCUUUCUGUCCUGUAGAAUUGACAUCAACUGUAGAAUCUGUCUUCUAUACCAUGAGAUUUUUCCCUUUCUCCCAUUGCUUUUAAAUAGAGCAGAGCCUUUCUAGCAGCCAAGGUGGCAGUGCAUACAGCAGGGAAUGGUUUGGAAUCAAGAUCCAGAGCAGUGAAGAGCUGGGUGCUUCCACUCCCCAAGUCUGUGUGAAUGCAGCUUCUGGCAUCCAGCAAAUACCAGCAGUGUGUCAUCCCUGACAUGGAGGAGCACGAGCUCAGGGUCUUUGGGGAAAAGUGAGACCCAUUUUUGCUCAUUCAUCUCUUUCAUUGACAGGUACAGACCUAGAAUAAAACUGCACAUCAUGAUUUAAUCCAGCCUAGAGAUGUAAGGACAGUUGUUUCCACUAAAACUGGGAAAUUUUUUGUUGCUGAAGCCAGGUUCUGAACAGCUAGGAAGGAUGUACAAUCAACUCUUAAAUAAAGUUUACUUUAUUAGUAGCUCAGUUAUGACCACUAGUGCCUCAGAGAGAAAAUUAGUGCAUGCCAGCCUUGGGUGGUCAUAAAAUAAACUGUCACAGCCCAAAGACUCUCUUCCAUUUGAUUUGUAUUAAAUUUUGGCUUUUU